AUGACCGAAAUUUUCAAUGAAACUUUCGAUUCUCUCGAAAAAGGUUCAAUAGCACCAACGAGAAAAGCUGUUAAACACACCAGCACAGAACCUAUUGCCUCUCUUGAGAGGACAUUUUUAUUCUUGGUGCUAUUAAUUGUACUCUAUUCGUCUGGCAUCUACUGCGCAUAUGCUACGAUAAUUCUACAAUACUAUUCAGUGUACAAUGGGAUAGAUGGUUUCAUUAGAACAUACCUGUAUCUCAUAAUAUCGUCAGCGUCUGUAAUUUUUACUUUCAGAUCCAGAUCGCUCUUACAAGGCCUUGUAUUAUGCACCGUGAAUGCAUUGUGGACUUCUUCAAUGUACAAAUAUAUUAGGCUUGAAGUCGCCGUAGCCUACUCUGUUAUAGCCAUUAUGGCAUUUGCAGCGCUGUUACUACUGUGGAGAAGCGGAUCUUGGAAGCUGUUUUACCAAUUGCCAUGUGCUCAGAUACAAAACGUGUAUAAGCGAUACCAGAUAUAUCUAAUGAUUGCACAUUUGGAGAUGGCAAUAUCGUUAAUUUGCUUGAUCAGGAUCCACGUUACGUUACCGGCUGAAAUCAUGGACUUUAUUUACUACAACCACAAUUGGCACUACGACGAAACCCCGUUUAAAUAUUAUCUCCUUGUAAAGCUUCCUUUGCUUUGUAUAUUGUUUGUUCAUUCAUUCCUUGGUAUCAAAGCCGUACGGCUUGAAUCCAAACGAAUGGCAGUUGGUUACUAUUUUGGUUCUUAUAUCAUUAUUGGCGCUAUCGUGGUUCCCCCUCUAUUGUCAUCAUGUUCGUUUGAGAAUUAUUCAUACACGGACUAUCUCUACACGAGUAUGCUUGCCCUUCUAAAAAUCGGCGCAGUUGUAAUGACUUACCUGUGUCAGAGAAACUUUGGUAAAGGACUCAAGCAAUACAUCUCCAUCCUUUCAUACGUUUCAGCUGCCCCUGCUCCUUCUGGUGGAGUAAGAAACCCACAGAAUAAACUCAAGGUCACUCUAACUUUCACCGUAGAAGGGGACGGUGAUGUCAGCAGUAUCGAAUCUGGCACUCCUACUCUAAGCGGACCUCCAAGGACUGGCAAGAUUAAAAAUCACGGAGGAUUUGUCAUUUCUGGCACUGUUAAUGUCUAUUAUAUUUACUAUGGCGAUUGGUCGUCAAGUGCUGAUCGCAAUACUCUCGAACAUUUGAUGAAAAAUAUUGGGUCAACCGGUUAUGCUAAAAUUCUCACUUCUUACACCGAUAGUAGCAAUUCGGCUCUCAGUGGCAAUAUCCAACUUGCCGGAACUUUCAUUGAUAAAUAUUCCGUUGGCCCAGAUAUUACGGACAAUACCAUGGUCAACGUCGUCGCGAACGCAAUAAAGAAAGCAAAUUGGCCAGCAGAUCCAAAUGCUGUUUAUUAUAUUCUAGGCAGUAAGGAUGUGAAUCAAAUGCAUGAAUUGGUCGAGAGUAUUACAGACGGAGGUUAUGAUGCCUGGUUCGAUGACAAUGACUAUGAAAUGGCUGACAAAUGUGUGUGGAACUUUGGCGGUAGUCAAUUGCUUAGACCCGCCAGAAAUGGAGCUUUCUAUAAUGUAGAUGUUGGGCAGAAACAAUACCUUCUCCAGCUACUGUGGCACCAAACAAAGAAAUGCAGGAUUACUAAUUGA